AUGGUGGAAACGUUGAAAGUGGCUGUUCUUGGAGCCCCAAAGGUGGGGAAAACCGCCAUCAUCCGCCAGUUCCUGUACAACGACUUCACAGACACAUACAGCCCCACUGGGUCCCGUGACAUCUACAGACCUUCGGUCAUCUACAACGGGAACAUGUACGACAUGAAGAUCAUGGACGGAAAUGUGGCGGGGCCAGGCAGCCUGCACUCUCUCCCCCAGGAGUGGUUGGACCUGACAUGCCGUGGGCUGAGGAACACUAACGCCAUUGUGCUGGUGUAUGACAUCUGCAACCCCGAGAGCUUUGAGUACGUAAAGAUGGUCCAGCAGCAGAUCCUGGAGAACAGGACAGGUGGCACCAAUGAGGCCCCCAUCAUCGUGGUGGGGAACAAGCGGGACCAGCAGAAGCAGCGCUUCACGCCGCGUCGGACACUCUCGGUGCUGGUGAAGAAGAGCUGGAAGUGCGGCUACAUGGAGUGCUCUGCCAAGUACAACUGGCACAUUGUCCUGCUCUUCAAGGAGCUGCUGAGCAGUGCGCUGGCCCGGGGCUACAAACACCACCACUCCAGUAUGCGCCUCCAGGGGGCGCUGCACACAACCAGAUGCAGCCUCAUGUGAGACAUGCUGCCAGCCACCUCCAGGGGGCGCUCCCUCUGCUCUGUGAGUAGAGUGGGAGAGGGUUGGGAACUGGUUACCCAUCACCUCCUGAAAUGGGCUCUGUGUGCCGAGGGGACCCUCCCACCACCACCUUGCCUCUCCUGACGCCAGGGGUUCCACUGUUCUUGAUUGUACCAGUGCAAAAAAGGACUCAUUGUUCUGGGCACCUGUGCCCCAACUUCUCAGGGACUGAGCACAUGACACAGGCUCCGGAGCAGCUGGGAAUGGGGAUGACCUGAGCGUGGCCAAAGACAUAAGUGUGAUCCUCAUUCUUUAAACAUGAACCCCAGAGCUGGCUUAUGGUGCUGAUGCGGGGCAAAGCAGGGGGGACGCUGAGGUUGGACAGAGAUGGGGACAGAGCGUGGGGGGAGAUAUAUUCUGCCCACGCCCCUACCGUAAAGCCUCCACAGCUGAGUGCUGUACCACCCAAAGGAGCUCAGGUCGGGUGCCCGAGGGUUUUGUGUGGAGGGAAUCCCUACAGGCUCCUAGGCCCACAGUCCUCCUCAAGUGUGUGACGGGGGAGGUUUUGCUGCUGACUUGUCUGCAAACAGGGCUCCAUAGCCCCCCAGACAUGUUCCUUAGUUGUGACUGUUUGGCCAGUUGGUUUUAUGCCCAUGUUGGGGCAAGGGCAAAAUGUUUUCAACAAAACUUUUUUUUUUUUUUUACAAAAUAUUACAAAGUGUUGCAG